ACAGCCGAAAUCUGUGCCCACCGCUGCAGUCCCUCGUCGUCGCCGCAGUGCACGCUUCUAGAAGUCUCGAUCAUGGAGAUGCGCGAGGCGCAGCCGUACCGCGUCCCCUUCACGACCUUCAGGGGCGUCGUGGAGCACCGUGACUUGCAGUUCGCCGGGCACUCGCCGCCCAGGCGCCUGGUGUGCGCCCGCUGCCGAGUCGUGUCGACCACCGAGCUCCGGUACGAGAGCGCCAGCCGGGCGGGCGACUUCGCGUGUGGCGCAUGCGCCCGAAUUAACGUCAACCAACGCUGCGGUCAACCACCCCGGCUAGACCGCGGCGACUCUGCCGAAUUGGAGGAGCGCCCCGAGGGUGAUUGGAAGGAGCCGCAGAAGCCUUCCGACCGUGACGUCGAGCUCCUCAACGAUUGCGAGGUGCUAUGCGUCAACGCUUGCUUCGGCUGCGACGUUAGAGUGAAGCUCUCCGGUCUCAGCAACCAUCUUUUGCACGAGUGCACCCGCAACGUCAUCAUGUGUCACUUCUGCGGUCAACGAUUUAUCUGCAUGUACCUCUGGAUGCACGCCUGUCCAGGUCGUACCGCCACGUCACCACCGGAUGCCUCGGAAUAUCCGGUGCUCGUCUGGGCGCCGGCGUUCAACUGCAGCCGAGAGUCGGUGGUUGCCGACUGCAAGAAAGGGUCAGUGGCGGGGACGAAUAUUGUCCCUCCCGCGUUGAAUGGUGCGGGUCCGUCCGUUACUGAAGUCCCGGCAGCGAGCGUGAACCACCGAAACGGGCCCGGUCGAGCACGCCGGACACUCGAAGAAGCCCCUGUGCCAUACGGUCAUCUUCCACAAGGCAGCCCAACCCCGCUGGCCGGCACGCUCUUGGUGAGGUUCCCGGACUGCGCCCCCGAGAGACCUGCCGGCAGCACGGUUAGCCUGGAGCAAAGUUCGCGGGUCGAGUUCUUCGGCAGUGACCAGUUGGUGGUGGACGGCUUCCGGCUCGUCAUUUCCGCCAUGGUGUUCUACGACUCUGCGAAGAACGUCAGCGGCCCGGCCUUUUCUACCACCUCGCCCGCCGCUUUGAAGAAGUUUGUCGUCUUCGAGCUGCUUGCUAGGGACGUCGACGACUCGAAAGGAAAGUGCGACCGCCGCCGCAGGUGGCCUCCCGCGGGUAGCGUCGCCCUGACCCUCAAUGGCCCUUGCGGUGAAGACGACAGGUUGCUUCGAACCCGCUACUUUCCCGUCUACGCACGGGGGCUCGAAAGCGGAAGGUGGACGAGAGUGGCGACCACCGAAGCCGUCGACGCGGAAGUCGUCUCUAAGGACUUCCUGGCCUUCGGCGUCGUUGGCGUCACGGUAGAGUUCCAGUGAGCUCCUCUGCGGGAAUCGUUCGUCUCGAAGCGCUUCUCCCCGCACGCAUGCACUGCAUCGUCGCGUUGACACAGCGUCCUCCUCAACGGGACGUGCUAUUUUUUUCCUAGCCUUCUCGAAUGUAACUUGAAUAAAACCUUUUAUCUUGUA